AUGGGCAGCUGUGAAGUACCUCUGGGUAUGGAAAAUGGCAUGAUAUCAAAUGAGUCCCUCGCUGCCAGUUCCAGCUACGAUCAGAGCGUAUCUCCACUGAGCUCGAGGAUAAGAACUGAAAUACGGGGUGGUGCUUGGUGCCCUAAUGGACUGAUCUCAUCGCGUAGUCGACAAUUUCUUGAGUUAGAUCUGAAUGCUGAAUACAUGAUCACGGCUACCGAGUCUCAAGGUAGAUUCGCCAACUCCAUUGGAGUGGAGUUCGUGGAGAGUUACGCCGUUGAGUACUGGAGGGACGCCCUCAAGCGCUGGGUCAAAUAUAAGGAUUUUAACGGCAACCGACAAUUACCUGGAAAUGUUAACACUUACACACCGCAGAAAACUGCUUUGGAAGCCCCGUUUGUUGCAUCUAUAGUUCGAUUUUACCCAUAUGCCUCACAUCCUAGGACUGCCUGCAUGAGAGUUGAGAUAUAUGGCUGCCGUUGGAAACAGGCUCUUAUUGCGUACUCCGCUCCAAAAGGUGGAGAUAUGCAAUCGAUGACAGGCGGUGCGCGGUUUGAAGAUCUUUCAUAUGAUGGGGUUAUGCGUAAUGGCAGGCUAAUAGACGGUCUUGGCCAAUUGACCGAUUCAUUUAUUGGUCCCAAUGAUUUUGAAUUACCUGACCCAAUGGACACACAAGGCACUCGAUGGGUCGGGUGGAAUAAAACUAUGUUAGUCGACAACGAAGUUAAACUAACAUUUAACUUCAGCAAUUAUAGAUUAUUCCAUUGUGUGGAUAUACAUACAAACAACAUGUUUACCAAAGACGUACAGCUAUUCAAAGAAGCCGAAGUAUAUUUCUCUCUCGAAGGAGAACGUUGGCAAGAGGACUAUAUUUCAAAUGAACCGAAGCAAGAUAGAGUCUCAGAACACGCUCGUAUAAUUCACAUCGACCUGGAGAAUCGUACAGCGAAACACAUAAUGUUCAAAUUGAAAUUUCAACACGAAUGGAUAUUGCUUAGCGAGGUUACCUUCACUUCAGUCCCAACAAUUGUGAAUUCCUCUGCUGAAUUUCUGGAAGAGUACUACCGUUCCGACGAUUCUCCAUCAUCUCGAAAGAAAAGGGACUCGUCAUUCUCAUUACCUAUAGGCUGGACGUGCGGUGCUGUUAUCGGAGGCUUGCUACUGAUUGCGAUAAUAGUCGUUCUAGUUGUGAAGAGAACUAGAGAAAUGAUAAUAAAUUUUUUUCAACGACCCUUUUGCCCGAUGCUAAGAAACACUAAUGCAAGGAACAACCGAAGGGCUCCGAGGCUCGCUUUAGCUCUCGCGAAUUGUCCACCAAUACAUAUGUUACGUCCGACAAUCGUCGAUGAAGAUUACAGGGAACCCUACAACAUUUGGAGGGAGACAAUGGGCCAGCGUGAGAAAAUAAGCAUGCAUGACCAAAACGAAUACAAUGAAAUUUGCGAAGACCCGGAAUUCCCGCGGCCCUACAUGAUGAAGCGACCGGAUCCACACGAAACCUUCUACGCGGCUACAGAUAUCAUCCAUCAUGCGUAUCCCGAUGAGCGCACAUACAGGCGCGAUCGACCACCCCCUGGCCUGUUCACUUCGAUUAAGCUACCAGAAGCAGAGCCCCCAAUUGGAGUUGCGCCGUUGUUGGAUUUUCCACGAGGUCGUAUGAGACCUGUAACCUUUCUUGGUGAAGGUCCUCAUGGCACUCUCCAGAUUUGCGAGACGGACGGCAUCGACGAACUGACCGACGAGGAAUUGCCCACUGGCAAUCGCCGGCGUCUUGUUGUGGUGAAGACUUUGUGGCGCGGGUGCCAUAGCGAUGUCAAGGCUGCGUUUGCCCGCGAAGCUACAUGGGGGGCAGGCCUGAAGCAUCCACAACUCGCACGCGUGCUUGGAUUGAGCCUGCUAGAACCUCCAUGCGCGGCACUCGACCGCGGGGACGCAAUACCACUACCAACGAUCUUGAAGAUGGAACGCAGAUUGAGUUACGGGAGCUUAAUCCGCGUAUGCUGCCAGAUUGCGAGCGGCAUGAAGUAUCUAGAAUCGUUCGAACUAGUACACCGAGACCUCGCAGCAAGAAACGUAACAGUAAGCGACGGUCUGCGCAUUAAAGUAGCAGACUACGCCAUGUUUUGCGAAGAAUUUAUUGGCGACUACCACUUAAUGGCUGAUGGAUCGCGCAUACCGUUACGUUGGAUGGCUUGGGAAAGUUUGCUGAUGGGUAUCUACUCACCAGCUAGUGAUGUUUGGUCAUUUGGUGUAACAGUAUGGGAGGUGCUUACUUAUUGCUUAGCAAAACCCUUCGAGGAAAUGAACGACGAUCAGGUGGUGACUAACGCCAGUGAUUGGCGUUAUGGAGCCCGUGGAGCUCGCGUGCCGGCAGCGCCGUUACCACGCUGUCGCCGCGAACUCUAUGACCUGAUGCACGAGUGUUGGCGACGUGAGCCGAACCAACGGCCACGCUUCCAUGACCUGCAUAGAUUCCUCGAUCGUAUGACUUACGGCCAUAAGCCUCCUACACAUCGUUAG